UUCAGAUCGUAAUGGCAUCCGAUGACAGACUCAGAAAUUUCAGGUCUUUGGGGAAAAAAAUAAUGGCAGUAGGGCGAAACUACAGGUAACAUAACAAGUUUCCAGUGCAUCCAGAGCGCAACUUAAUUUAAUCAAUGAAGUGGCCCUAGCUGCGGAGCAGGGAAAUCCCAUCCCGGAAAAACCGAUUGUCUUCAUGAAGCCGACUACCUCCUACAUUACAGAGGGCCAGUCUAUAAAGAUUCCUAUGGGUUGUAAAACACUGUUUUUCGAGGUAGAACUGGGAGUGAUCAUUGGUCGUCGAUGCUCUAAAGUCCAGGAACAGGAAGUUGAUGACUACAUCGGAGGGUAUUGCCUCGUUCUGGAUAUGACUGCGCAAGAUUUUCAAAGAGGGGCGAAAGCUAAAGGUCAUCCUUGGUGUCUGUCGAAAGGGUUUGAUACGGCGUGUCCAGUUAGUGAUUUCAUUCCAAAAGAAAAAGUAAAAAACUACAAUGAUAUCGAACUCUGGCUCAAAGUAAAUGGAAUCAUAAAACAGAAGAGCAGCACAAGCGACAUGAUUUUUAGCGUUCCCCACGUGAUCAGUUACAUCAGCAGUUACAUCACUCUGGAAGAGGGUGACGUCGUAAUCACAGGUUCUCCUGCCGGUGCGGGUCCGCUGGAGCCAGGGGAGAUAAUUAAAGCAGGACUUGCUGAUAUUAUGAACAUUAAGUUCCCUGUAAUUGCUCAAUGAAAUUUGAAAUCAAUAAGCAAAUAGUAUGAUCAAUAAGAUAAAAUUAUAACACGUUUUUGUAUAUAAAGUAUCGAAUAAUAUAUCGUAACAUGCGUAAGAUAAACUCAUUAAUUCAUAUAUAGUUUCAGUUGUAUAUUUAUUAAAAUAUUUUUGACUGGAUAUAAUGCUAGCAU